AUGGAUCAUUCGCAUAUGGAUCACAGCGGCAUAGACAUGAGCGCCCAUAGGUGCAAUAUGAAUAUGCUCUUCACCUGGAACACGCAAGACCUCUGCAUCGUCUUCCGCUGGUGGCACAUCAGCGGCACGCUCUCGCUCAUCAUCUCUCUCCUGGCAGUCGUCGCCCUUGGUGCUGCCUACGAAGCGCUGCGCUCUGCGUCGCGAAGAUACGAGACAUUCGUGAACAAGAGGCAGGAGGAGUUACCGAAUGGGCCUGUUACUGAGACAACGCCUUUCCUUUGGUCAGGACGCAACCAGGUCGAAGUUAGCAAGAGGGCACAUGUUAUCAAGGCGUUUCUGUAUGCGGUGCAGAGCUUUUAUGCAUUUAUGUUGAUGUUGCUAUUUAUGACUUAUAAUGGAUGGGUGAUGAUUGCGGUUACCGUGGGCGCUUUUGUGGGAUACCUAGUGUUUGGGAAUAGUACGAGUGCGACGAAGGAUGGAGCUUGUCAUUGA